AUGGCUGUCUCGGACGAUCUUCCGCUCUCCGAGAAGCGGGAAGAUGAACAAAAAAUAGAGCAACCCGACACAAUACAACAAGCUUCGAAGAAAGUCGCACGCGGAGACGAUACCCACGCCGAAAAUGCCUCUCAAUCCGACAGCAGCAGCCAGCACGGUACCCCCAGGGUUGAGAAAGACGGCAAGCGUGAGCUCACAGAAGACGAGUGCUACGAUAGUCUCGGCUUUUGCUUCCCCACCUACAAGAAAUGGAUUAUCAUCUCGGUGAUUUUCGUCGUGCAAAUGUCGAUGAACUUCAACACAGGUGUCUACGCCAGCGCCGUUACUGGCCUGACGGAGGAAUUCCACAUUAGCGAACAAGCCGCUCGGGUCGGACAAUGUGUAUUCCUCGUCGCAUAUGCGUUCGGGUGUGAGCUUUGGGCGCCCUGGUCGGAGGAGUUCGGCCGUUGGCCCAUCAUGCAGCUCUCGUUGUUCCUGGUGAACAUCUGGCAGAUUCCAUGCGCUUUGGCGCCUAACUUUGGCACUAUCGUCGUUUGCCGUAUCCUGGGUGGUUUGAGUUCGGCUGGUGGUUCCGUCACCUUGGGUAUGACGGCCGAUAUGUGGGAACCUGAUAAUCAGGGCUACGCAGUGGCAUAUGUGGUGCUCUCUUCGGUGGGAGGAUCGACUAUUGGACCUUUCUUUGGUGGUAUCAUCGGCCAAUACCUCUCAUGGCACUGGGUUUUCUGGGUCCAAUUAAUAUUCGGUGGUGUCACACAAGCCAUGCAUUUCUUUUUGGUCCCUGAGACUCGUGCUACGAUUCUGGUCGAUAAGGAAGCCAAGCGUCGCCGGGAGGCUGGCGAGGAGGAGGUCUAUGGCCCGAAUGAGCUUAAGAAACCUCGUUUAGAACUUCGCGAGGUUUUGACUAUCUGGCGUCGGCCUUUCGAGAUGUUCUUACUUGAGCCUAUUGUGCUGUUCCUAUCCUUGCUCUCAGGUUUCUCCGACGCUCUGAUCUUCGUUUUCACUGAAUCGUUCACUCUGGUCUUUGAACAGUGGAACAUCUACGCGCCAAAGAAGGCGCCGCUAGUCGAUAUGCCGAGCGACGUCUACUUCUUCUUCUCUUCAUUGCCCCCCCUGGAGCCAAUCGGCCUACUUGGUUUCGCAUGGACCUCGAUGGGUCCCCCAAUCCCCUGGAUCGCACCUCUCAUCUUCUCUUGCAUGAUUGCCAUGGCCAACUAUGCAAUUUACAUGGCCACAAUAGAUUACAUGGUCGCGGCCUACGGUCCUUAUUCCGCAUCAGCAACCGGAGGUAAUGGAUUCGCUCGUGAUUUCCUCGCCGGUAUCGCGACCAUGUACGCGACGCCGAUGUACACCAAUAUUGGCCAGAAAUACCACCUUCAGUGGGCGAGUACGAUUCUAGGCUGUAUUGGCUUCUUGGUUUUAAUUCCUAUUUAUGUGUUCUAUUGGAAGGGUCCUGAGAUUCGGAAGAAGAGCAAGUUCGCCCAGCAGCUUGCUGCCGAUCGGGAGAUACAUACUGAGCGGAGGCGAAGCCAGUUCAGAUCUAUUGAUGCUUCCUAG